AUGGUGAACAAAUGUGCUAUAGUAGGAGCUGUUUUUAGUUUUCCUAAAGAUACUGUUUUAGAAAAAAAAUGGAUGAAAUUUGUUAACAGAAAAGAUUGGAAGCCAAGCAAACAUUCAGUUAUAUGCGUGGAGCAUUUUGAAAAAAAGUAUUUAAAUUAUGGAAAACGAGUUACCUUAAAAUAUGAGCUAAACCAUGUUCCAACCAUUUAUUCUGAUGAAAUUUCUAUUCCAUCUUCUAUAAUACCUAAAAUUCCUACUUUUCGUAAACCUCCAACUGACCGACAUUCUACCAUCCUAGAUGAAAUUCAUACAUUUCAAGAAAUGGAUAAAAUAAAAAACAUUUAUAUGCUUCAUGAAUCUAUCUCUCCAAAUGGAUUUAGCCUUCAAAGAUAUGAAAGUUUUGUUUUAUAUUAUUGUUUAUUUUUUGUAGACACAACUCCAUUUAUUGAAUCAAUACGCAUCAAUAACAAUUUGCACGUAAAGUUACAUUACAAAAGUUCUCCACUUCCAAUCCCUAAAUGGUUUAGUACAAUUAAAAAUUGUAAGCUUAAAAGUUUAUCGAUUUUAAAUAAUUUGGUGUCUUUUAUGCACAACCUUGUUGAAGAAAAUUCGUAUGGUUUAAUCAACGAACUAUCAAAUUUAAUUUUUUACAAAUCCAAAGGGGGUCCUCCAUAUUCUUCACAAGUAUUAAGUUUUGCACUUAUGCAAAGAUAUUCAUCAUUUUAG